AUGAAGCUUUUCAGAAUAGCAAUACUUUCCUUGUUUAUUUUCAUAGUCGGGACUGAAGCUCGGCGACUCUCCAUCCGUCCACUGUCAGCUGGGGAGCUGAGAAAUGCUCUCGACGAAUCCAGCAUUGGAGCCUAUAGUCCGGCUGGAAAAUCCGUAGUCUCCGGUUUGACGGGUCUUAGUGGACUUGCUCUGGGAGUUGUGAAGGGUAUUGGCGGCUCCAUUCUCUUCGAUGUGGUUACCUCAAACGUCACCAUCGAGUACCUCACGAGCCUACUGAACUCCACCUCGUCAUCGACCACUUCCAGUAGCAGUGGCACAGCUCAGGAAAUUUGCUUCGACAGCCGGAGUGUCGAUGGCGAUAUUAUCAAUGGCAGGAGCAACGAUAAACACGAUGAUAGUGUAGAUCCCUCGGGAGAGUGGCGACAAACUUCUACGCCAACUGGAUCGACCACAUACGGGUCAAGUCCAUCGUCAACUACUGAUGUUACUUACACAAGUACCGCUGGACCUACGUUUUCUACCCCUACCACAACCUCCAAUGCGAAGACCUGCAUUGUUUUGGGAUCAAAACUGGGGAUCCGAAGACGGCGUCAGGUGGAGAUCAGACCUGGAACUUUAAGUACUAGGUCUUACAGACUUCGUAAAUCUAUCCGACAUUCAAAAACCCCAAAGAAAUAA